CUCCAAUUUCGGGUUGACAACUAGCCGUUACAAUCUCAAAUCCAGCGAAAGAACCAUCCCACCAUAUCUUCAUUCUUCAUCAUCAAAUCAUUCAAAGAUCUCAAAACCCUACUCAUUUUUCUCUGAAGAUUUGCUUUACCAUUCUUUCUCACUAACCACCAUACUCAUCUCUCUCUCUCUCUCUCUCUCUCUAUUCAUCAAUGGCAGUAUCUGCAAACAGAUCUCGUUCCCCAAUUUCAACACGACCAAAUCCAAAUUCAAGAACCCCAGAAACCAAUUCUAACAUGGGACGAAGUUUCAGUGCCAACCCAUUUGCAAGGCCUUCGAUUCUCACGAACCCUAGAGGCCUCCCUCCUGCUACUCCUGCUAACAGCCCUGCAGAUUUUGCACGAAGACACUCCGUAGGCAAGGAAGGUGGGGUUUCUUCUCGGAGCUGCGAAGAGAAAGAGAACGAGAAAGAUCAGAAUCUAAAACCAGUGAAAAUCAGAUCACCGGCUGUUUCGAAGGGUACGAAAAAUUUCAUGACACCCACGAUCUCUGCGGCUUCGAAGAUCAAUUCGUCUCCGAGAAAGAGAGUUUUAGCGGAGAGGAACGAGCCUGUCAGGACUUCAAUCUCAUUCUCUUGUGGAAAGAACGCAUUUGGUUCUUUGAAUCUUUCUGAUUUAACAGAGGAUCUUGAUUCAAAGUCAGAGAUGGGUUUGAAUCAGAACAUGGUUGAUGAUUCAAAUGAGUCAGCAAUCACAAAUUCGGAUCACAACGAGGCGGUUCUUGAGAUUUCUUCUAUCCCCAAAGCUUCAAAGAAAGACUCUCAGGUACCUCUAAAUUCCCAGAAAGUCUCAGAAUCAUUACCAGAUAUGAAACCUGUGGAGUCUAAAUACACCAGUGCUGGUACUGGUUGUAAGAACAAACUUUCUGAUUCAUCGAUGUCGCCUAUUAUAGCACCGCUUGAUGCUGACCCGUCUCUUCGCCCUUAUGAUCCUAAAACUAACUAUCUUUCGCCUAGGCCUCGAUUCCUUCAUUACAGACCCAAUCCGCGAAUCGAAAGGCUAGAAGAGAGCUUUCUGUCUGAAAGCUUUUCGGACACUGAAGUUACUGAAGUAACUACUGAGUCUGAAAGCUUGCAGAAAGAAUCUGAGGAUGAUUCUUCAUCCGAGGCUAUAAAUGAAGAAGUAAAGGUAGAGCCCCUUGUUUCUGAACCAAAGCCAAGCAAUGCCCCAAUCAGUACCCAGAUCUCCAAGGAGACUGUUGAGGCAAAGAUCAAACCGCGAUUCUUUACAAGAUCAAAGUCUGUUGCAUUGCUUUUGGUCCUCUUAAUUGCUUGUUUAUCAGUCUCAGUUACUGAUUCACCGGUAUUUGAUUCGCCUGUUUAUAAAGAUUUAAGCAUGUCCAAGUUCUAUGACCCAUCUGAAAUUGCUGAGUUUGUGAAAGCAAGUUUCGAUGGCUUUGCUGGAAAUUUCAAGCAGUGGCCAGCCAACUCUGUAUGUUACCUCACUCAGCUAAUUCGCAAUUUAUAUGAAGUUGAUAAAUUGGUCCCCUUGCAAUUUAGUAACCUGACUUAUUCGCUAGAGGAUCCCUUUGUUGAUGGGUACCUUAAAGUGGACAACAUCAAGGAGAGAUCGGAAGGAAUUCAUGAGCACAAUGAGUUGGAGGAGGUUGAAAUUGAAUUACUAGAAGGGAAUUUAGAGAAGGGUGAUCCAGAUGUAGAAGAUGAUGACAAUAGUGAAGAGGCACUAGAAGAAGGGCACGGCAUUGAAGCAGCACACUCUGAACCUCAUAGUUCAGACACAACUCAGAACCAAGAGCAACGUGAUGCUGCUUUGCCAAUAACUUCCAAUCCACAAAGUAACAUUGGUUUUGAGGAUCAAUCAGCUCUAACAGUUCAUGAAUUUAGACAUGAAGUUGAGGCUCUUGAAGUCAACCCUGAAGUGGUUGAAACUGGGGAAAUCCUAGCUGAGAUUGACCUCAGUUCCGGUGCCAAAACAGUUCAUGAAUUUAGACCUGAAGUAGAGGUUCUUCAAGCCAACCCUGAAAUGGUUGAAACUGGGGAAAUCCAAGCUGAUAUUGACCUCAGUUCUGGUGCCAAAAUUGAGCCCACUAUAGUAGAGGCCAAUCCUGAAAGCUCCUUGGAAAUGUCUUCUUCGUUCCGCGACAGUCAGAGUUCAAAAGUAGCUGAUUCUUUGCUUAAUUGGUCAAAAUACAAGGUUUCAGUGCAUAAUAUGCAACCAAUGUCUCUGCUUGCUCUGGCUCUAGUGGCAGCGACAACAUUUAUCUAUUUGAGGUGCAACAGAACAGCCACUACCGCGAAUGCUGCUGCAGUUCUUGUUGAUCCAUUGUCAACGAAGAAGAAGACAAUUUCUAUGCCAGAAGAUUCAACCGGGACUCAAAACAUAAGCCAUGACAGACCAUCUUCGCAAAUUUGGCCACCGGAUUUUGAUGUAGUUGGAGAGUCAUGCCCAUCAGAAAUGAGCAGCUUUCAAAAGAGCUCAUCCUACAGCAAGAGAGGACCAAGUGGAACAAAUGAAGCUCAGAACCAAGAUAGAAAACAAAGGGAGGUUUCUAAAAGGGAGUCACUUGCUUCUUCAUCAGAAUAUUCAAUGGAGUCUUAUGGAAGUUUCACCACAUAUGAGAAAAUUCCCAUCAAGCAUGGAUGUGGGGAAGAAGAAAUAGUGACUCCGGUUAGGCGGUCCAGCAGGAUUAAGAAUCAUCAAGUCACUUCUGGGUGACGACUGCACACUAUUUAGUUUCUGACUAUGUGUGUGGAUUAGUGAUUAAUUGUAGUUUAGGCUCCUGGUUCUGAAGGUACCCUCUAUUAAAUCAACAGCAUUCUGUUAUGCUUGUAUCUGUUUUAGGCUUCUUCCAUUUCUUUUAAUUUUAGACACAUUUGAUUGUUUCAUUGGAGAUAGCCCUUUUCUUUAUCCAUUGUUUUUAUGACAUAUUUUCAUUAUUUUUUAGGGUGAUGCUAUGGUACAUUUAUGAGGACAUGUGAUUUUAUA